AUGUCGCUGCAUACAGCAGCUGCAGAGGGUGUCAGCCUGUGUUUAGGCUGUUCGGUGGCCCGUGUGCCCUGCGGAGCAGGAAGCUGUACUCGUCAGACAGGCUUCCCUCACUCGAAUUACUUACUUGUGUUUCUGAGGUACCAGAUCUAUUAUGAUUACCCACUGGAGACAUACCUGGAGUAUCCCAUCAUCAUUGCACAAGAUGCCAUUCUCCUUUGCUGUAUUAUGCAUUUCAGUGGAAAAAAGAAACGAGCUUUGUUCUAUACAGUCAUAUAUUGGGGGGUCUGGUACGUGCUAACACUGCAUAAGUGGAUAAUAGACGUGGCCAUGAAUCUGUGCACGUUCGUCAGUGCAGCCAGUAAGCUGGUUCAGCUGCAGCAUCUCUGGCAGACCAAAGAUUCCGGACAAGCGAGCGCCCUGACCUGGGGCAUGGGUGCAUACACCUGUGCAACAAGAAUUAUUACAACUGUAAUGACUACGAAUGAUCUUGCAGUUCUCAUCCGUUUCAUAACCAUGCUCAUUCUCAAUAUUUGGGUCACAGCCACAAUUCUGCACUACAGGAAGACUAAAAAGACUGAUUAGAAGACACCCAUCAGCACACAUACCAUUACCAUUAAAAAAAAUGUAAUUAAGCCUAAAGAAUUUAAGAAUUCCUUAAAGAUUGAGGAAGCUCUCUUUCUCUAAUAUUUACCCUUUAGCAUACUUAUGGUAUUUAUAGUAUUUACAGAGUUACAGUAUAGUACAUUCAUGCUUACUUUUUCUUAGAAAUAAUUCUGAUAAGAUACUGAAUUUAAGCAGCAUAUUUUUAUUGGUCAUUUCAGACAAGUUUCACUGAUAUCACAUUUUCUCUGAAUUUUUUUUACUACAUGUUAUUUAAUAAUUAGAUGUAUAUAUAUUCUGGUAUCACUUCAGUACUUUCUGGUUACAUAUAAGCAAUUUUCUUCAAUUAUACAUGAUCAAUUUUGCACCAACAUACUGACUUAUCCUUCUGCUGCAAAACUGAAAAACUACAACAGAUGUUUGUCUUCUUGCAAGCAACUCAAUUAGUUCAACAUUAACUGUCUAAAUUUUAGGAUGAAGAAAAUCUGAGUCAAGGCCCAAUCCAGAAUAAGGUUCUAAAUGUCUUUUACUAAGUCACAUAUCCAGUUGGGAUUGUAGCACUUACAUGCAACACUUAAAUAGUACAAUUUAUACAGCUGAUACAGGAUACCCAUAGUCACUUUCCUCAGUAUACCCAGUUUUUAUCAGGUAAGAGCAAAAACUCAACUAGUAAUUCUUUUUCAAUCUGAGCUCUCCUUCACUGAACAUACUGUUUUGGGAACAGCAAGGACUAGAGUAAAUGGGAAUUAAUGAAACUGUGACCAACAGUUAAAAAUGCUGUUCAAGCACAAGUUCCUGGAACAAUAUCCAGGAUUCCCAAACACCAUCCAUACUGACAGUGACGUGCACCUUGAUGCAUCUCAGCAGACUGAUCUCUCAUGGUUGUCAGGUUUUGGUGGUACUCCUCUGUGGUUCAUGAGUUUUUGGCCUAUCAGUGCUAAGUGUGUUGAAGAACACAGACUCCACUUAAACUUUCACUUCAGAAAUUCUAAUAAAUAUGUAGUACUUAGAGUAAAAAGGGGGAAAGGGACAACUAUUAACAGAGAAUUUUGGUUUUGGAAGUACUGCCUUCACAACCAAAAGUUACAUUAGUCAUCAUAUAGCUUGCCUUUAUUUCUCAUUACAUUCCCUCAUUACAUUCCCUCAUUACAUUAAAAGAUACUACACUUCAAAAGAGUUCUUAUAGUAUUCUGUUGAUUGGCAUGUAAAAACCAAGGCACCCUUGAUCCCAACACACUUGAAAACUAUUGGAAGACUGCACUGACUACAUUUGAGGCAGGUUUUCUUUGCAGCAUUCCAAAUUGUGUAACUGCUGUGGAGCAAAGGGAUCUGCAAAAGCAGGUGUUUCUGUCAGUGAGCACGCAGCAAUUGGAGUAGGGCCUUCACCAUCAGAAGGCAGCUGCUUUGUACUCCAAAUUUUAGUGGGAAGGGCUGGGAAGAGAUGUUUGUUUGUGGGCAUUGAGUUCAUGUAUCCCACAUUAUUGAGAGCAAGUCAAAGCUGAGGUUUUUAGUACUGCUCCAAUAAAAUGUAUAAAUCUUUCUAUGUUGGUUGGAAGAUUAAUUGUAAAUAUUCUGAUUUUACUAAAGCCGUGUAAAGUAUCUGAAGUGGUCUAAAUGGUGGCAGGAGGCAUGUGAUACAUUUUCCAGGUGAUAUUAAUAAAUGCUCUUCUUCAAGAUUGAUAGUGUCAUUCUUACAGUAAAUUUUCAUUGCAUUUCAGUUUUUAUUGUUUCCAUAUAUGGAGAGAAAAUGAAAUAUUCAUUACAGGUUAUAAAUGGGCAGCUUUCACCUUAACACUUGAGGCAUCAGGCUCAAUAUUGACCUGCCAAAUGCUAAAGAGCUCCAGCAUCUUAAAAUGAAAAAAACACACUUGCUUUGUAAUUAAAGCCUUUUCUUGAUACAGAAGGAUUUGUAUGGAAUCCAAACCCUCUCUGUUAUUGACAUCUUUCAUACUCCUGAGUGAUGCUGUAGCAAAAUGAAGCUGCUCCAUUUUUAGUUUGAGAUCAGCAUCUCAAGUUGGUUUUUUAUCAUAAAAUACUGAAAAUGCAUUUAAGAACAGUUCUUAAUAGGCUGCUUAACACAUUUUGAAUAAACCACCUUAGAAACCUGUGGGAAAAAAAGGACUGAAGAAAACAAAGCUGGGUAUUCAUGAACUGAAGGUAAAGUAAUUUUGUGGACUUGGAAAGCUGGAGUUCAUAUUCAAGCUGCAAGAGAUAUGGAACAAAUCGGAAAGUAGCAGGAAAUAGUUUUACACACCUUUUCCCCUCUCAGAGGGUAACUCCUUUCACUUUCAUAAACAGAGGCACAUUAAAGUUCCAGGCAAGCCCCAUGAAAGCACAGAGCCUGUGUUUUCUAGUAGGUAAAGAAUAAUCGUUUCAGUGUCUGGAUUAAAGGCAACAGCUUUGCACAAAUACAUGGGCAGGAUAAAUCUUGUUAAACUUGUCAUUCUCCACUAUCGGGGCAGACACAAGGAGGCUGUGCAAUGCAGCAGCGGGGCAAAAUCAAGCAGGGAAAGCAUCUUGGAUUUGUGGCAGAAGGUGUAAGCAAGCUCUUAUCCACAGGGCUGGAAGUAAUCCAGCUCCAUUCACAGAUGCUGUACGAGUGUGGAAUUACACACUUGGUGUCUAAUUGUACCAGGUCACAACAUGCUCACAAGGUAAUACAGCCUGUCCUGCCCUGGCUGACAAAGCAUGGGUGUUGUGGAUACUGAGUCUCCUUGGCUGUGAAAAGACAAGGUCUGAGUUCCAGUACAGUCCACUGAAUAACAGGUAAGCUAGAAGCUCACUUCAGCUGUAUGAGAGAGAAAACAUUUAUCACGAGAUUUACUAUUGAAAGAAUGAGGAUGUGAGCCCAGAGACAGCAGGCUGCAGGUCUGAGGAUGUGGACAGUGGAAGAUGUGUAUAGUUUAUUUUUGCUGGACUGUCUACAGUGAACAGAACAUUGAACACAAAUGCAAAACCAUCCUCUCCCCACCCUAUGGGCCUCCCUAACGCUGGGCAUGCUGUGCAAAGUGGACACAAGUAUCUUUCCUUGUGCUGCUCCAAUCCAGCAAGGGAUGCUACUGCUUGGACUGCUGCAGAGUCCCUGUCCCUGCCUGACCCCUGAGCCUCUGUCUGCCUUGCACUGUGCACGUGGCUGCUCCUGAUCCUGGCUCUGCUCAUCUGAGCUGCUGAAACAGGAGAGAAACGAGUGGGGUGGGGAGGCAGCAACACCCCCCAAGCACUGCAGAUCUAGAGCUGGAUUUUAGUGCAGUUUGACUCUGGGGAAAGUAAUUCAGAAUUAGCUGAAUGGCCCCAUUCUUAUAGAACACCUUCACUUACUUCUUUAAAUGAGGUAAAAUUACUCUUCCACCAAACAAUCAUUCUCCAUUUAGUGACAUAUGUAAUAGGGGGAUAAUAAAAAAAGGAAAUAACAGCUGAAUCCACACAAGGAACUAUUAUAAAUGAAAAGCUUCACAGAUAUGGAGAUAACUGAAAUGAGGUAGUUUCCCAGCCAUGUAUUUUCCCUGGUGAUAAAUAAUAAUUACUUCCCUCCAAAUUCUCGUCAGACUGGUUUUUCCACUCUCUUCCAAAUUCUUCCAUACUUGAAAUUCAUAUUUAUGUACAAAGCAGAACAGGAAAUGUCACCUUUAUCACUAAUAAUGGUCUAAGGAUGUCUCACUUUUGAAGGUGAGGAAGCUAAAAAAAAAAUCUUAAAAUAGGAUGUUACAAAGUUCUUGGUUUGCACUGAAUUUAAUUUGCUUGAUUUUGAGCCAAAGUUCUCCAGGACACUUUGGAGUUCUCGGUGAUGACAGCUGUUGAGGUCAAACAGGUGCCUGGGAGCCACAGUGAAUGUCAUUGUAAGAAUUUGACAGAUCAUCACUUGUGAUGGAUCCAAUUGCAAGAUCUUGCCAGCCUCACAGACCUGAGUCCUGAUGGACCUCAAGUGUUUCCUGCCUAAUGGCAAGACAGACAUACAGACAUUUUCAAAUUAAAGUGUCAGCUACUCCAUUCUACAUUGGCAGUACUUUGGGGGAACCAUAUCUGUCUUGGAAAAAAAUUUAAUCUUUGGGCCAGGGGUAAAAUAAGAGACUUUUUACAUCAUAAUUUUGAUGAAAUUUAAUUUGUUAUACCUGAAGAACAGUUUAAAUUAUUUUCACAAUUUUGUUCAUAUCCUGUUUUGUUUCAUUAUUUCAUUUAGAACUGUCUUAAAUUGUCAGAAACCUAAACAGGUACUUCUGUGCAUUAUGUGGUAUCACUGACUCACAGGGAGGGAGCUUUAAGAGGGCAGACACCUUGAUUUAUCUGUCAAGUAUUCUGGAAAAUGAUAUAAAGGACAGAACCUGCACCAGCCUAAAAUGUGACAAGUUAAGUUGGCUAAUGAUGAUUCUGAUUCAAACUGAGUAGUAACAUGGCUCCAUGCUGGAAAUACUUACCCCCUUAUUAUAACUGAAAGUUAUCUGUGCAUAUGCCUGCUCUGGAAUGUACAAGAUUUCUGCUUUGGAAUGUGAAGGCUUUGGCCAGCAGCACCAAGACUCAUGCUGUAUGAAAAUCAUAAAUGGAAGAACACACAUCCUAUGCCUCAGUGUUGCCUCUGCCAUGUAAAUCGACUCUUAAUGAAGCUUUUGUAAAGCAUAUUUUAAAUAAUUACUGGAGAGAAAUUCUUUCACCUUUGAACAGCUGACUAUAUACAGAUCCUGUAUAUAGAGUGGUCUGACUUUCAAGAGUCUGACUUAUCUUGUGAGAUUUUAUUUUUUUCCCAUGAAAUGCACUGUCAGCACAACUUACAGUCCUCUGUAAGCUCAAGGACUCUCUGAGCUCAAGGGUAUUUUCCUGUCUCAGCCUUGUUGGUUUAAGUUUGCAGAAAUGCCCACCUUCCAGUUAUACAACUCCCAUUGCUGUAGGUCGGAACAGAGCAGGCAGAGGAGCCUCCCUCCUGCAUGGCUCCUGCUUGGACUAAAGGCUACACAGAUGCUGCUGAAACUCAGUGGCCCCCAGGUCACAGGGAUUGCAAUAUGGUGGAAAACAUCAUGCAGAUACAUGACACCAUGGGAAUCCAGCAAGCAGAUUCGAGUCCUGAAGCGGGAGCCAGACCUGCUCCAAGAACCUACUGAAAAAUGGAGAAGUUGAGGUCAGAGACCAUGCAAGGUGAGCCAAUAUGAAACAGAGCUCAGAUGGUGAGUGCUCAAAGUCUAAGCAGUUGGUGAUCCAAAUGAAAAGAGGACUGGCCACGAUCUCACAAGUCUGGUGUACUUCCCGCUGGAUAGCCAUGCUUACAAAGUGGUACAAGAGUGUCCUGGGCAAAAACCACCCCAAACAGUAAUGACAAAUGAAAGAACUACAUGACACAAGGCCCACAGGGACAAUAUAAGACUAUGCAUAGAAGCAGGCAUGCAUCUCUGAACAAACACUGAAGACCUAGACCUUAAACUGGGGUGAUAGGACUGAAGCAUCCCAUGCUGCUGUCUUGGCUAUGAAAGCAUUUCUGUGCAGCUCCUCCAACAAGUAAGGGCUGCAGGGACAUGACAUUACUGAACUCUGUGUCCUUUUUUCAGGGUGAUGAUGUGUCUUUCCAGAGCUCUUUAAGGCAUGAGGACUACAUACACUUACAACUGAAAUUUCGUGACCUUUCACCAUGACUUUAAUUUUGAAUGAUCACUUUAAUCUUGCAUUUUCAGAUUAUUCUUGCAGAUUACGGGAGCAAAAGCAGCUGCAGUCAAAUCCAAGGCUUCACCCAUGCAAUAUCAAGCAGUAAUGUGGCUUGCUUACCUUUAUAAAACACUGCUUCCUGCCUACAAAUUGGAAGAUUCCAAACCCUGAUUUUCAUUAAUAAGACCUGGUAAUUAGCAUCCCUGUGCCAAUACAUUAUUUUCUCUACGUCCCCAGUUCCUGGAGCUAUGUUUCUACAGCUACAGCUUUUCCAUUCAUUGCAGUAGUUUCUGGGGAGACCUAGGCUGGAUGUGUUUUGAGUGUUCUUCACACAUUUCAGUAGACUUGUCUAAUUUCUCAGAUGAGAAUGUCUGAGUAUACACACUGGUCCACUUUUUAGGCAACUUCAACAUGGAACACAAAUUGUAGUUUCAGAACCACUCCAUCAGCAUCUUUUAUGGAGAUUCAAAAGAAGACUCCUUCCUACCCUUAUAAGGGAUACCUCAAAGCAGCAGGCAAACCCUAUGAUCCUUGGGAUUCUGACAGAACUCUAAAUGACUCAGAAGAUCAUCUUAAAAAUAAGAAAUAAUGUUUUCAAUUUAAAAUGUACUAUGUGCAGAGAUGAUAAUUUGUAGAACACUGUAAUGCACUGAAAAAGGCACCAAGCCUGUCAGAGGUCAAGGAGUAUCUAGAUCAUGUUUUUAGUCAUAUGGUUUAGUUUUAGGUAGUUCUGUGAGGAGCAGAGAGUUGGACUCCAUGAUCCUUACAGGUCCCUUUCAACUUGAUAUAUUCUAUGAUUACAUGAAAAAAUAAAUUAAUCAUUAUUUUAACAUGAAUGUCAAGGCAAACUAUCCAGGAAUGUGGAGGAGACUAAAAUACUCCACUCAACUGGACCUUGUACUGUUUGCUCUUCUGCCUCAAAAACAGACGAAGAAGAUGAUUAAGGGUUUGUAAGAACAAUGCAGGUAAGAAGUUUGCUUUCAUGUAAGUUCCCCCUUUUCACAGCAGCAUCCCAAAUACAACCUCACAAGCACAGGAUAGGUAAAGACACUUGGGACCAAAAUAUACAAUCCUCUUCCAAGGAUGAUUCUCUCAAAGCUAGAUGGGAAACUAAUACAUUGUAAGAUUACAAAUAGAAAUGCUCGAAUUUCUAAUGGUCACUUGACAUUAGAAACUAAAAAGAAACUAAAGAGAAAAAACACAUAAUUUCAGUGGCAGCUUUCCUGGCCUUGCUGCCUUCAGAGAGCCACUUAAUGCCUGUCAAAAUUUAGAGGUUCAGUGUUUUCAAGAGGCAGUAAGAGAUUUAGCUACUUGCAGUGAAAUUUCAGUGAUGUUUUAAACUUGGCACCUGUCACUGCUAAGAUCCUUGAGCCUCUUGCAUGUUCCCAAGUCCUACAUCCUACUGUGAUUCUAGAUCAUGUUUUUGGUUACAGCAUCAGCUGUGCUCAGAAGCACAAGAACAACCAUAGUUUUCCUCUACUUAAAAGCAGAUGUGGUGCUGGAUUGCUAGCCGUGCUGAGAGGGGCUGCACUUUGGGAGGGACCACAAGAGGUAGGGAAUUGCAGCACACUACUAGGAACAGAAGUGGAAGUCUCAUUGCAGAAAGGCCUUUCUGAGACCUGACAAGGUAAUUCCGAUAGGGUUUGCCUGUCCUGUGCUGGUGAGCUCUUGGACUGGGAACUAAGGAGCAAGUGCCUUGAGCUUCUGCCUUUAAGUUGGACUCCUGGUUUUUCCAGAAUAUUAAUCUGCAGCUCGGCUAUGCCAGUUGCUUACUCUUGUGAGACAAAAGGACUCGCAAUGAGAGAAUUUUCCAUAGGUAAGUCAUUCAGGCCAUAAAAACAUGCUGUUUGCUUAGGAAAGUCUGUAACAAAAACAAAGUGUUAAAACAUCAGCGACUUUCAAGACAAAUGCUCCUUAAUUCAUGAAUAUGUCCUUCUCUCAAAAAUAUUAAAAGGUCACUAUUAGAGAAUAAGCAAACAACACAAUCUCCAGGAACUAGCAUAGAAGGUGUUUGCAUUUCACAGCAGGAUGAGGGAGAAGAACAGAAGAGCAGCUCUGCCUUUUGUGUCCUGGGUGCAAAGGGAGGUUCGUGCACCUCAGACCGCUGGCCUUGAGGAACCUGUGCUAAGUUAGCUCUGCUCUGAGGCAGAGCUCAGAGCACAGGACCCCCAGUGCUCCUCUCAGCCCGUACUGCUCCACGAUACCAUCUCAGUACAGCCUGCUGUACAUACAGCUAAUGACUACUCGGACAAGCAGGGGAUUUAUCAACUGUGGCUAGCAAAUACUAUAAUAUAGUACAUUUCCUAAAAUGUCAGGCUUAGAGGGCCCUGUGGGUUCACAGUAAAUGAGGGCAGGCCAGGGGGAGAGAGUGCAAAGGAUCCAGCCCCAGCAGGGGAGGAGCUGCCAAAAGCUCCCUGGGAGCCUGCGCUUUCUCCGCACACAGGCUUUGUGGGGCUGCCUUUGGAGCAGCCCUUGCCUUUCCCAUAUCUGCUGCAGUAGUUUUCUUUAUAUUCAAAUAUUUCAAUUAAUUACCAGCUU